CUCUUUGUAGGACAAAAGCGUACCGUUGAAAAAUGUUGUUAAUAAUUCAUAAUUUGCCAAAUAAGGUCUGUUUAUACCGUUUGUCUGUUAUAUUAUCGAAAUUGAAUUUUAAAUUUACGUUUAUAUCCUCAGAUGCGGUAUAGUGAUGUGAAAGCACUUAUUAGGGACAGAUGCGGUUUGACUGAUUUAAUACUCGACAAUCUUACUUAUGUACACCCGGAUAGUUAUAAAGUAACAGUAGGGUUAACUAAUGAAAACGAUGCAGCAAUUAUCUUUAACAACCUUAAUGGACUAGAUUGCUUGGGACAAAAAUUAUAUGUAGAAGAUUUGCGAAAAAAGAAGCAAUCUUCCAAAAGUCUUGAUUAUACUGGAGGAAACCAAAUGCAACAAAAAGAACAGGGUAAUAAUAUCAGAGGAGUUCAAAAAAACAUUUCUAGAACACAACCUAUGCCAACAAAGUCGUUCUAUGGCCCAAUGAAUGCCUACAGCAGCCCAUUGCAAUCUAUCCAAGCAAGUGCUUAUCAAUAUCUAGAAGGAGUUUCUCAAAAACCCUAUAGUAUGGCGAUGAAUACACAGACUCCAGCUUCAUACGACGCAGGUGUGGGUGGCAAGUAUGGUGCUUCUAGUACAACUAUAAUACUGAAUACCAAUACUCCAUCUUACAAUGUUUCACCUAGUUUCGGUAAUGAUGGUGACCAACAAGGGCUUUAUAACUCGAACGAUUCCCAAUCCAAUUUCAUUUCUUACUCCGCUAAAAAGCCAUUUUAUCAAUCUUACAACGUAAAUCAAGACAGUUCAAGAUAUUUUCAAAAGAAAAAUGAUGAGCCACAUACAUCAGACAAUCGUCAAAGCUUGGACAUGCAUACUCGUGACACCAGCGAUCGCAGCAAACGAAUGCCGUCUAUAAGGAACGAACGGGAGACGUACGAGUCUCACAAUCGUUCCAAUACUUUGAUUGGAAGACAAUUUGACGAUUGGAACCGUUCUGAUGAUUUUUCUAAACAUUCGGAUAGUUUUAUUAGCUAUCCUAGUUAUAGAAAUAAUAAAAGCAGGGACAAUUAUAGUGACACAAAUCAAAGACAGGUUGGAGAUGUUUUUUCUAGACACUCGGAUAAUCGCAAUAGCUAUCCUAGUGAUAGAAAUAAUAAACCCAGAGACAAUUAUGGUGACAGAAAUCAAAGACAGGUUGGAGAUGUAUUUUCUAGACACUCUGAUAAUCGGAAUAACUAUCCUAGUGAUAGAAAUAAUAAACCCAGAGACAAUUAUGGUGACAGAAAUCAAAGACAGGUUUCUAAUUACAAGGAAGGAGUGGGUGGCAAUGUCGUGGGUAAGAACUAUUCACAACAUUCAAAUAGUGCUUAUACAGGUGGUGACUUUAAUCGUCCCAAUAACCUGAAUCCUAGUGAGACUGAUAAUAAUUCCUUUUUUAAUCAGAGUAACUUAAGAGGCAAAAACGAAUUUGCCCAAUCGUACAAAGCAGGCCCCAGAGGUAUCGCAUCUGACCAAGGCUUCAGAACCCGUAAUGUCGAAAUAAAUAAAAAACAAAACCAACAACAGUUUCCUUAUAGUCGAGGGAAUGAUUUUAAGGAAUCACGUAAAGCGAUGAAUGCGCAACCACCGCAGUAUCAAAAAAAUAAGGUGGCUCUUGAGGCGCCUAAUACAGAUUUAAUGUCUAAAAAGAAAAAUAAAUCGGCUCUCACCCCGGAUGAACUGAGUGAAAAACACAGGGAUCAAAGUUGGCGUGGUCAAGCUGUCGCUGCUAUAGCAAAAAGAUUAUUAAUGAAAUAUGGUAAAACACGUUUCUUCGCUAAGCAGCCGAAGUUCAUACAUUAUUUGAAGCCUUAUAUCAAGACUCGAGUUAAUGAGAUAUUGGGCAAGAGAGUGGCUGUGCAUUUCGAGCAAAUUAUAGAUGAAUAUAAUCAAAGAUAUCCUCUGAAUACCCAACAAGCUUUUCUAAAUGACAUAAAAAAGCAGUUUCAAAGGCAAGGACAUCAAGUACACGUUAGUGGAGGUGUUGUUAAAGCAUCAGGAAGUGCAACUGUUGUAAAUAAAGGCAUUAAGCGCGCUGCAAACGAUGACGGAAACUUAAAUCCAGCAAAGAUAUCUAAAAAGCAAUCAGAAUCACAUCCUUCUAAUGUACCACUGAAACAACCGCUUUCUACUUCAGAGCGACUUCCUAAAUAUCCGGGUGGUGAUAAAAAGGAACAUAACAAACUCAAACGUAUGAUGAAGUUUGGCCAAGUAGAUAUUGGGGACGUUUUCAAAAUGGAUCCUCAGUUGAAGAAAGUGCGUGACGAUGAGAUUGAUGCACUAUGUAACUUGUUCCUUGACGAAUGUAAGAAACCCGCAAACCAAAAUGAAGCAAAGGUCUGCAAACGUAUAAUGAAUGGUGUGGAAACUUUGAGAAACGAACUAAGAAUAAGCAUCACCAAGCGUGUUCUGAAUAUCACACAGAACAUCCCAUUACGGAUAUACACAAACCAAAAAAUAAAAUCAGUUGAGAUAGACAAUCACCUUAAGAAGUUGGGAAUUGUUAGUCUUAGGAAAGCUAGAGGCAGAAAAUUGUAUAUAGGCAUGUGUACUUCCUUUAACACACAUGACAAACUUUGCGAUAUGGGGAGAUUGGAAAUAGGUGGCGUCACUUUAUUAUUCCGACCAAUGAACAGCGGCGGUAAGAAGGUAAAAGGUAACAUAGAAAAUGACGGUAAUAAAAAAGGCGCUGGUGAUUUUGAUCAAGAUAAUACAGAUGAUAUUGAAGAUUUUGGUGAUGAGGAUAUUGGUUACGAUGAGGACGAUUACGACGAGGAGCAUAGUGAUGAUAACGAUGUUAUCGAACUGCAAAGCGAUGAUAAUAAUGAUGUUGAAAUAAUAGACGAUAAGCCCGCCGUCAUAUGCGUUGAUGACGAUAAAACAAAUGUUGAAAACAAAAACACUGAUGGGGCUAAAAGUGAAAUAUCACAGACUAAGGAUGAAACGUCUAAAUCAGAAAAAAUAUCCGUAAUUAAUGUAAUAAAUAACUCCGAUAAAGCCAAUGAUAACAAAAUACAGAAAUCUGAAACUGAAAAUCUCCUUAAGGAUAUUCAAACAUUGGCAGAUUGCAUUAGCAAUGAAGAAAAUGUGAACGGUGUUAAUGUAAAUACAGAUAACAACUCUACAGAAAAAACUAACGAUAACCCUAUUGCAGUAGAUGUAGAAGAAACUAAAGCAAACUAUGAAGACUUCGAUAUUGAUGUCACAAAUAUCACACAAGAUGAUUUAGAAGAUUUUUGAUUGCUCUAAAAAUAGUGAUGACAAUUUAAUUAUUACAGAUUACUUAUAGAUUUUCUCUUUGUCUUUGUAGUUUUUGCGUAAAAACUAAUAAUUAAGCUUAAAAUACAUAUUAUAGUUAUUAGUGCAAAUUAAUUGCAAAUUAAGAUUUUUUUGCAUUCUGCAAUAUAUAAAAAUUAAAAUAAAGUAUUACCUCUU